AUGGAUAUUAAAUGUUAUUGGUCAUUUAUAAAUUAUACAUCGAAUAAUUGGGAAAAUAUGUGGUUUGAUAAUAUUGAAAUGUUUCAAAAUAAUGUUUGUGAACAAUUAUCGAAUGAUGAAAAUUUAAAUAAAACAAUUUCAAUGAUAGAAUUAAUAACAAAAUUACAAAAAUUAGGUCGAUAUGAUACAAAGAUACAUAUUAAUGAUAUUUUUUCAUUAAUGUUUUAUCGUUAUGAAUGUAUUAAUCUUCAUACAUUCAAAAUAUCAAAUAUUAUUGAAGUAUCACAUACAAUUGAACCUUUAAUAGGUUUAUUACGUGAUCCAUUUAGUAUUUGUCCACAUUUAGAUCAAUCAUUAGUACCUUUAUCAAUUUAUAAUGAAGCUCAUUUACAAUCAAAACGAUUUAUUUUAUUAUCAAUAUCAGCACCAUAUUAUACACAUUCUUUAUUAUCAGAUUCAACACAUUUAAAUGAUAUAGGUUUUCCAUAA